UGUGUGUUAGCGCCUCCUCUGGUCACUAAAGGCAUCUCAGGACUUGGGAGGGCCGCCGCCGCACCUCAGGCUCUAUCAGUGCUAAAACAUUAUAAUUUCUUGUCAUAUCUUUAUACACAGCCAAACAAAAUAACUGGGGGUUUAUAAAUAUCUCCAUCUGGACAUCAGGUGAAGACGUUGUAGGAGUCUCCUGUUUUCAGGGCGAGGAGCAGGAGGAGGACGGGGCACAGCAACAAGAGACCCCAGCCACAUGAGACGCAUAGCAAGUAUUUACCAAACCACAUGGCCGGGUGUGGAGAAGUGAACCUGUCUGAGAACACCCCAGCUCCCUCCAAGCUUAAAGAAGAUGCAGAAGACGACUCUUGCAGCUCCACCACCACCGCCGCUGUACCGCCAGAGUGCGCCAUCUGCCUGCAGAGCUGCGUCCACCCUGUCCGUCUCCCCUGCUGCCAUGUCUUCUGUUUUCUGUGCGUGAAAGGCGCCUCCUGGCACAGCAAGCGCUGUGCUCUCUGCCGGCAGGAAAUCCCAGAGGACUUCCUGGAGCGCCCGGACCUGCUCUCCCUCGAGGAACUGAAAGCCGCGGCCGCUGGUUUGAACCGCGGCGGGAGCGAGUCGCGCGGAGACUACACGUGGUACUACGAGGGGCGCAACGGCUGGUGGCAGUACGACGAGCGCACCAGCCGAGAGCUGGAGGAGGCCUUCAUGAAGGGGAGGAAGAGCACCGAGAUGCUGAUUGCAGGGUUCCUUUACGUGGCGGAUCUGGAGAAUAUGGUGCAGUAUCGGCGGAACGAGCAUGGCCGCCGGCGCAAGAUGAAGAGGGACGUAGUUAAUAUCCCUAAGAAGGGCGUGGCAGGUUUGAGGCUGGACUCUGAGCUUGUCUCCGUCCCCUCUUUACCAGCGGCGGUCUCUGCUACGGCAGAGCGUGUGAGCUCAGCUGACGGCUCCGACUCCGCAGGUCAGUCCCAGCCUUCAUCCUUUGGGAUUUUGGUUCCUCUUCCUCCUGUCAGACCUCAAACGCUCCUCGGACGUCAUCUCGGCAGUCCUCUGUCUCCGUCACCGUCGCCUCUGGAACAGUCUUUCUCUCAGCUGCUAAUCAGCCAGCCAGAGGGCGAAGAGCUGGAAGGCGACGGCGAGCUGCAGACGUACGAGUCUGCAUCGGGGAGCAGCGAGAGUGAAGAGGAGGAGGAGGAAGACAGUGAGAGGAGAGGAGAGCCUGAGGAGCGACUGAGACGCACACAGAGGCCGCUAAGGGAGAACCAGCCAACCAGAGUUCCUCCAAGAGGCAUGCCGUCCAGCUCCGGCCUCAGCCUCCGCUCGCGCAGUCCUGAUGGACAGUGCACCGUCACAGAAGUAUAGCCCACCGGAGGGGUCCCCAUUUCAUAAGACUCGUUAUCAGCUCAGCAAAAGAAUGUCUGAAGACGCAAAUCAUCUCAAAGGUCCGAUUAAAAGGAGAAAUACCGCUGCUUUAUUGUGAUAAUGUGCCAAAUAUGAUUUUUUGUGUCUGCCUAUUUUUUAUGUUAAAAUAAUUAGUGGGUUCAAUUUAGCCUGUCUGCUGAAGCUUUACAACAAUAAAAAUAAUUUGCAGUAGGUAGAUAAAAUUAGAAGGAACAUUUAAAAGGACACAUAUCAUGUGCUAAAGCCUUUUCCAUUCCAGAAAUAUAAGCGGCAAGAAAAGGGCUGUUUUCUUACAGAUAUAAAACAACCUGGUUCUAUAACAGGUGGACACUUCAACAGUUCCUGGACAGAUCCUGGAACUCUGAUGUAUCCAACCCCAGUUCUGUGCUGGUAACAGCAAAAAUAUAUGGUUUUAAUUCCUUUAAAAUUGAAUCUUCAGGCCCCUUAAAUAGUCAGAUGCAUUAAAUCUAUUCAAUCUUCUCUUCAUACAGCCUCUUUCCUUGUUGUGUCCUUCCUUUCUUCUCUCUUUCUGCUUCUGUCUGUUUGCCCCUCCAUCCUACAUUUUUUUUCUUUCUUUAUAUCUUCCCUUACUUUAUUGUAAAUAAAUAAUAAUCCACUAAUAAAUAAUCCACUAAUAACUCACAGGAGUUCCAGCACAUAUUUAUGAUCUGUGGAGCCCCCACCCGUGGCUGUGUUCUUGGCUGAUAUAGAGAAAUGUAUCGUUUUGGUGAGUUUCAUUUUUUUUUUUGCAUUUCAUUUUCUGGCAAACACAAAACUUAUUUUCAAGUCAAACCAUGCCUUUUCUCCCAAAUCGUUUCAGCUCAGUGAUUUUGUUUUAAACAUUUUUUUUGGGCUGAUAACUUUAAUCAUUUUUUUUGUUUUCAAUUUCUGGGCGAUGAAGUGAAAAUGAAGCUAAAAUGUAGCAACUUGCAUAAGCACCGCGGAUGCUUAACAGCUGUUUUUCUGUCACGUUGCACUUAUUUUUCAUUUUGAAAUGUAGGUACUCAGGAUGUGAUCUGCUGAAACUGAAACAGGAGGUUAUAUAAACGUGACAUGUGCGAGAGCAGAGGGAGGCUGUAUUCCCUCUAUUUUAGUGUCUUGUUUUAAUUAUGGACUGUUGGUGCUGUUGUGAACAGCGCUGGGUGCUGAAAAGCUACUGGCAGAUCCACUGGAAAGUUUUUGUUUCUAUGUUCAGGAGCACACAUUUGGGUUUCUAUUUUUGACUGAGCACUCCUAACAGAGCCACUAUCAAAGUAGCUGCACUGACAUGUUCUUGGACGAGUUCGGCCUGUUUACUCUCUCGCUCGGGUUCUUUCCCUUUUCCUCCUGCUGGUUUUGGUCGUCUUUUCUCAGUUGGACUCUUUUUUGUGUGCGUGUGUGUGUGACUACCUUUUUUUUUUUUUCAUUUGUGUUGUGUUUCUCUAGUGAUGUGUUGUGAAGCUAUUAAAGUGUAAUCAAUGACUUAAAAUGA